UAAAAAGCAUCGGCAGCCCGUGAUAUGACGACUUCGCUGGUUCUGCAUCCACGCUGGGCGGACACCUUGAUGUACGUUUAUGAAAAAAGCCCGAAUGAAAACAGCCAGAAUAAAAGUCAAGCAAUGGAGGGUCUGAGCGGAAAUUGCCCUGCGACCCACUGCAGGGACCUGAUGUCGCACCCUGCGCUGGGACGGCACUCUGGCACCAUAGCGACCCACCAGGGCUCCGUCUACUCGGAUAUUUCCCCGGCGGACACCGGCCGGCAGUGUCCCGCUCCUCAAACGUCCUCGAGCGCGUCUCUGAGCUACGGCUACCCGUUUGGAAGCCCGUACUACGGCUGCCGGCUGUCCCACUCGCACAACGUGAACUUGCAGCAGAAGCCCUGCUCGUACCACCCGGCGGAGAAAUACGCGGAGCCCAGCACGGCGCUGCCCACCGAGGAACUGUCCACCAGGGCCAAAGAGUUCGCCUUCUACCCGAGUUUCGCCAGCUCGUAUCAGGCAGUUCCCGGAUAUCUGGACGUGUCGGUGGUGCCCAGCAUCAGUGCCCACCCUGAGCCGAGGCACGACGCCCUGAUCCCCAUGGAGGGCUACCAGCACUGGGCUCUGUCCAACGGCUGGGACGGGCAGGUGUACUGCUCCAAAGACCAAACACAGUCUUCUCAUCUGUGGAAAUCACCUUUCCCAGACGUGGUGCCACUGCAGCCCGAGGUCAGCAGCUACCGUCGCGGGCGGAAAAAGCGCGUCCCGUACACCAAGAUCCAGCUGAAGGAGCUGGAGAAGGAGUACGCGGCCAGCAAGUUCAUCACCAAAGACAAGAGGAGGCGCAUCUCGGCCGCCACCAACCUCUCAGAGCGCCAAGUCACCAUCUGGUUCCAGAACCGGCGGGUCAAGGAGAAGAAGUUCGUCAGUAAAUCCAAGAACAAUCACAUGCACGCCACUUGAUAAGAUGAGCCAUGAACCUGCUCCUCUCCUCCCCUCCAAUAAUAAUAAUAAUAAUGAUAAUAAUAAUAAUAAUACCAUAAUGUCACCUAUAUUAUU